AUUAAUUAAUCACCAUCCAGCAGCAUAGAUUUAUUGAAAAAAAAAGAAAAGGAAAGGAAAAAGAGUCGUCUCAAUUUCUUACCUCUGAAUCAACUCAAACUCUCAUCAUCCUACCAAUCUCUCUCUCUGCCACUCUACUUAGUUAUCUGCAAUUUCCAAAGCCUAGGCCCUAUACUCCUUACUCCUCAAUCCCUAAUCUGCCCCUACCUCCACCCCUCUUUCAUUCCCAAUGCUAGGGCCAUUUCUGUCAUUCCAUGCAUGCCUCAGCCGCUACCCUCCAUGUUUUCAGAGAUGUUUCUGCACCAAAAACUAUACGCAUGCAAACCUCCAUAUCUCUCUCUCUUUGUAGUAUCUUGUGUGUGUGUUUUUAAUUUUCUCCUUGUUUGACUCUUUGUUUAUCUCUUUCUUUGUAUAUAUACGCCAUAUGAUUGGUUGAUUUAUAGGGCUACUUGUCUACUUCCCCUUUUCCAUCCCUAUAAAAUGGGCACUGCAGAUCAUAUUCUCUUCAUCAAAGAUCUCUCUUUUCCCCAAAAAACACACACACACCCUUACCCUUGUUGAUAACAAUGGAGGGUGGCGAUCAAAAUCCUGCAAAUGGAGGGUCUCGAUGGAACCCAACGAAAGAGCAAAUAAACAUGCUUGAGAGCUUGUACAGGCAGGGUUUGAGAACUCCAACUGCUGACCAGAUUCAGCACAUCACUGCAAGGCUCAGAGAUUAUGGGCACAUCGAGGGCAAAAACGUCUUUUACUGGUUCCAGAAUCAUAAGGCCAGGCAAAGGCAGAAGCAGAAACAGGAGACUUUUGCUUUCUACAAUCGCUUUCUUCAUUCACCUCCUCCACUUUUCCCUCCACCUCCUCCUUUUCAUAAUGUGAUUUGCAGCCCAUGCUACAUUCCUCCACCAAAGAAGGUACAACUCCCCACAGCAUUAGGUAGUGUGAAGAGGUGUAGAACAAUCCCACAAAGCAUUGAUUCAAGCCACCUCACAUUAACUCAAAGGUACAACACUACCGAAUCAAGGGAGCAUCUAAACAGCAGCAGCCAUGAUCAAGAAACACUGGAUUUAUUCCCAAUUCACCCCACCGGAAUUCUGCAGUCAACAAGUAAUCAUGAUCAGAAGAACCCUAGUUUUUGUGCCGAUAAGCUAUCAACUUCCUCUGAUGAUCAUCCCUUCUUUGAUUUCUUUCGUGGGAAUUGAAGUGAUCGGUUCAUUCGCAUUGGUUUUUUUUUUCUUGUCAAAGUAGAAUUUUAGAUAGGAUAGUUCUAAUUAAAGUCUCUUGGAAAAAUGUGGUCUUUAUCACUGAAUUCUAGGGGUUUUCAAGGGAUGACUGACAGAAUCUGUUGAUUGUGGGUUGAAUUUUCUUUUUUUAAUCAAGAUUUUUCGGUUUUGGACUA